AUGGGACAAUCCCCAUAUCCAGGUGUGUCCCACCUGCCCAGGUUGCACUUUGGGGGGCUGGGCCAGCUCUCGGACGGGGUCCUGGGCCUCGAUGACUUCCUGAGGACGCGCGAGCGCCGCCUGUGGCCGGGCUACGACUACGUGGGGUGGCCACGCCCACCCGGGCCCCACCCCCACGUGGAGCUGGAGUUCGAGUUCCAGGAGCUCCGCACCUUCCACGCCAUGCAGGUCCACUGCAACAACCUCCACACGCGCGGCGUCGGAAUCUUCCGGGCGGCCGAGUGUCGCUUCAAGAAGGUCCUGGCCACGGCCUGGGAGCCCCUGGUGGUCACCCACAGCCUGGCCGGGGCCACCAAGGACCCCAGCGCCCGCUCGGUCACCGUCCCCUUGGGCGGGCGCCGCGCCCGCUUCAUCCAGUGCCGCUUCUUCUUCGGCGCCGAGUGGAUGCUCUUCAGCGAGGUGUCCUUCGUCUCAGAGGUGCUGGACGACCCCAUGGGUGCCAGCGGGUGGCCCCCGACCCCUGACCCCUCCUCCGCCAUCUUGGAAAACGCCCGCGACGGGGGCGGGGCCACCAAUGUCACCGGCUUGGCAGCCCCCGGGGUCCCGCCCGUGGCCCAGGGCGAGGCGGGGCAGCCGCCGGCGCUGCUGGGGUGCCUGGGCGCCAUCAUCGUCCUCCUCCUGCUCGCCAUCGUCAUCCUCGUCCUGCGGCGUGGAGGGGCCGGGCCAAUGGGCAAGGGCCGCGGGGCGGAGGCGGCGCUGCGGGUGCAGCUCUCGGGGGACACCGGGGGCCGCGGGGCGGAGGCGGCGCUGCGGGUGCAGCUCUCGGGGGACACCGUGGUCAUCAACAACGCCACGGGAGGGGGACCCCGCUACGAGAGGAUCGGAACCGGAAGUGGAACCGGAACCGGAAGUGGGAUCGGACCCGGAAGUGGAACCGGAAGCGGAAGUGGGGAGUACCAGGAACCCACCCGGGCCCGGCCCCGACUGGCACCGGUGCCCCCCGGGGCUGCCCCCCCAGCCAACCCGGCCUAUCGGCUUCUUCUGGCCACCUACGCCCAGCCAAUAGGAGGCCUCGCCUUGGCCCCGCCCAAUGCUGCCAAGCCAAUCAACACCGACGGUAAGGGUGAGCCCGAGGUGGGGGCGGGGGCUUACGCCGAGGCUGACGUCACCGGAGGCUCCGCCUACGCCCUGGCUGGCCCCGCCCACAGCCCCGCCCAUGGCCCCGCCCUCCCCACCUUCCCUCGGGACCGCCUCCGCUUCCGGGAGAAGCUGGGGGAGGGGCAGUUCGGAGAGGUGCUGCUGUGUGAGGUCAUCGCCCCCCACACCCUGGGCCUGGCCCCGCCCCCCGGCUCAAGCCCCGCCCCCUCGGGCACGGAGCGCCCCCAGCUGGUGGCGGUGAAGGUGCUGAGGCCGGACGCCACCAAAAACGCCCGGCGCGAUUUCCUGCAGGAGGCGCGGGCGCUGUGGCGGCUGCGGGACCCCAACAUCGUGCGGCUGCUGGGCGUGUGCGGGGGGUCCGGGCCCCUGUGCAUCGUCACCGAGUACAUGGAGCACGGAGACCUCCACCAGUUCCUGGGCGGGGCCCGGGGACACGCCCUCAGCCUGGCCACGCUGGUCCAGUUGGGCGCCCAGAUCGCGUCUGGGAUGCGUUUCCUGAGCGCCCGGAACUUCGUGCACCGGGACCUGGCCACCAGGAACUGCCUGGUGGGGCCGGGGCUGCGCGUCAAAGUGGCCGAUUUUGGGAUGAGCCGGAGCCUCUACGGCACCGAGUACUGCCGGGUGCGCGGCCGGGCGCUGCUGCCCAUCCGCUGGAUGGCCUGGGAGAGCAUCCUCUGGGGAACUUUCAGCCCGGCCAGCGACGCCUGGGCCUUCGGGGUGACGCUGUGGGAGGUUCUGACGCGCUGCCGGGAGCAGCCGUACGGGGCCCUGAGCGACGAGCAGGUGAUCGCCAACGCCGGGCACCACUUCCAGAACCGCGGGCAGCAGCAGUACCUGCCCUGUCCCCCUGGCUGCCCCCCGGCCCUGCACCGGCUGAUGUUGAACUGCUGGGCCCGCGAGGCGGCCGAGCGGCCGGACUUCGGCCACCUGCACCGGACCCUGAGUGACCACGGGGCCCUGGAGUGA